GGGGUUCUCCGAUCAACAAACGACGACAGCAAAAUGGAAAUGGAAACAGCAGAAGUCUCAGGAGAGAAGAAGAAGAAGAAGGGGAUAGUGGUGCUUCUGAUUGGUCCGCCAGGAAGCGGCAAAUCGACCUUCUGUGACUCCGUAAUGAAAUCACCCCAACGCCCUUGGUCUCGCAUCUGUCAGGACAUUAUUAACAAAGGUAAAGCUGGAAACAAAGCUCAGUGCCUAAAGAUGGCUAUAGAAUCCCUCAAGGAAGGCAAGAGCGUCUUUAUUGACAGAUGCAAUCUUGACAGGGAUCAGCGCUCCGACUUCAUUAACCUCCUUGGUGGUGGUCCUCAUGUUGAUCAAGUCCACGCAGUGGUUCUCGAAAUUCCUGCUCAGGUUUGUAUUUCUAGAUCUGUCAAAAGAACCGGUCAUGAGGGCAAUCUACAAGGCGGGAGAGCUGCAGCUGUUGUCAAUAAGAUGCUUCAGAGUAAGGAGCUUCCGACAUUGAAUGAAGGGUUUUCUCGGAUUAUGUUUUGCUACAGCGACGCAGAUGUUGAUAAUGCUGUUAAAACCUACACCAUGCUUGGUCCAAUGGAUACUCUUCCUUCCGGCUCUUUUGGCCUAAAGCAUUCUGACACCAAAAGCCAACAACCUGGUAUAAUGAAGUUUUUUAAGAAAGUCAGUGCGCUUCCUGCUUCUUCUUCUUCUUCUAAUGAAAAAGCUGCUACAACUCCCGAAGCUAAUGAAAAGAUAGAAGAUGUCCGAGUUUCCCCAGCUAAGCUUGGUUCUGUUGUACCUACAUUGGCAUUCCCUUCAAUUUCGACUGCAGAUUUCCAGUUUGAUCUUGACAAGGCAUCUGACAUUAUUGUCGAGACAGCAGAGGAAUUCCUCCCUAAACUUGGGUCUGCACGGCUUGCCUUGGUGGACUUGAGCCAUGGGUCUAAGAUUCUGUCUUUGGUCAACGCUAAGGCUUCUCGGAAGAACAUUGACUUAGAAAGGUUUUUCACAUUUGUUGGAGACAUCACUAAGCUUCACUCCCAAGGUGGUCUGCACUGCAAUGUUAUAGCUAAUGCUGCUAACUGGAGGCUUAAACCUGGAGGUGGAGGCGUGAACGCAGCGAUAUUCAAAGCUGGUGGUCCAGAUCUCGAGGCUGGGACAAGAGCACGAGCAAACACACUUGUACCUGGAAAAGCCGUGGUAGUUCCUCUUCCUUCUACUUGCCCGUUACGUAACGCUGAAGGCAUUACACAUGUGAUACAUGUCCUAGGACCAAACAUGAAUCCAAACCGACCAAACUGCCUUAACAAAGACUACACCAAGGGCUGCAAAAUUCUUCGGGAGGCUUACACAUCUCUAUUUGGAGGUUUUUUGUCGACAGUAGAGGAUCAAUCAAAGCUGCCUAAACGAAACAAUCAAGCAACUAUGUCAGAUUCUGGUGCUGAAGAUUCCGAGAGAAACAAAAAGUACAAGGGGACACAAGAUAAGGCCAGUACUAAUAAUAUGGAAUCUGGGGACAUUGGAAAGAAGAUGAGUAAAGGAUGGAGAUCAUGGGCAUUGGCACUCCACGUCAUCGCGAUGCACCCUGAGAGACACGAGAAUAUCGUGCUAGAAUCUUCAGACCACAUUGUUGUGAUAAACGACCAAUACCCAAAGGCGCGGAAACACGUACUGGUACUGGCUAGGCAGGAGGGUGUAGAUGGGCUUGAAGACGUUCGCAGAGAACAUAUUCAACUACUUGAGGAAAUGCACAAUGUUGGUAUGAAAUGGAUUAAGAGAUUCCAGGAGGAGGAUGCAUCUCUUAUCUUCCGUCUUGGUUAUCACUCGGUUCCGUCAAUGCGACAACUACAUCUACACGUUAUAAGCCAAGACUUUGAAUCGGAUCAUUUGAAGAACAAGAAACACUGGAACUCUUUCACAACCUCCUUCUUCCGUGACUCGGUGGAUGUGCUUGAAGAGGUCAAGAGCCAAGGCAAGGCCAAUGUGGAGAGUGAAGAUGUUUUGAAAGGUGAGUUGCGUUGCAAUCGGUGUAGAAGCGUACACCCUAAUAUCCCCAAGCUCAAAUCCCAUAUCAGAACCUGUCCUUCUCAAUUUCCUGAUCAUUUACUCCAAAGCAAUCGUCUCUUGGUUCGACCUGAGACUUCAAACUAAUCGACCGGUUAGAUUUCUGUUUGGUUUUAUACUUUUGUGUUUUUUUUAGAAUGAUAGAAACUAGUCAAGUGUCGUGUAAUUUUAAUGGGAUUGUUAUUUUAGUUUUUGAUUCUGUUUAUUUCAAAAUUUAAAAUUG